AUGCAUGCCAGAAAGCAUGCUGAGAGCGAUGAUGAACGAUACCUUGGUUCGAUGCUUCUACAGCCACGCAGUCUCUUCCUCAUGACAGAUGAUGCGUAUGAAAAACUUCUUCAUGGUAUCAAAGAGGUAACAGAAGACGUCAUUGAUGAUAAGGUCUUCAAUCCCGGAGAGCAACUAGGAAAGACACUGACACGUGGUACAAGAUUUUCCUUCACAAUCCGCCAUGUUCCUGUAGUGUCCAAAUUGAGCGUUGGAGCAAUGCUGACAAAGAAGACGUGA